AUGAUCACCACCAACCUGGAGAAUGGGGUGUUCAUCUAUCCCUUCACGGAUCUGUGCCUUUACAAGGAUCGGCUGCUUGCAUACAAGAGCGAUGCAGCCCAUGAGACGCGGCUCCGUCAUUCACCCGAGUACAAUGCCCUGUGCGACAAGCAUAUCGAUGUCCUGGUGAGGUAUCUGUACGCCCAGCCCACCAUCGGGCUGAAGGAGGCUGAGGAUCUCUGGGCGCAGCCCAUCCCCAAGACCACGUUCAAGGCGCUGUGGCUGCUGUUCAGGCCCGGGGCCGAGGUCUACGUCCAUGAGCAUGGCAAGCUCAACGCAUAUGUGGUCGAGUCCGUCGAGGGCGGGACGGAAUGGAGCGACGUAUACCGACGGCCGCAGCCCUACGAGGUGAAGGUCUGGAACUUGAACUACGAUGGAAGGUAUCUGACCCGGACCGUAAAGCUAAUCAACAUCUUGGUGUUUGAUGGUGAGCGUGAGAUUCGCAGCCUGCCUCUGUAUCCCACGCGCUUCGCCGAGGACCCGGUCACCCUCCACCGCAACCUGGUUGCGCGGGGCGAGCGAUUUGUGAGGAUCAUGAAGAAACCCACCCUCCAAGAGUUUACAGGACCAAGUACGCUUCAAGGAGCCCGAACGUUUAGUCGCGCGCGGGUGGUGGUCGACCACACCUGCCAGCCAUGGGAGCUUGAUGAAACCAAAGCACAGGCUCAGGAUAAACCUGGCAACCGGAUAGUGUGCGAGUCGCCCGAACCCCGCCAGACAACGUCGCUAAGGACCAAGUUCGAUGAUUACGACAACCUCGACCUGCAAUCGAGCAAGGCGAUUACCGAGCAUCACUACUUUCUCUGUUACUCGCACGUCUAUGCGUUUGUGCUUCGAGAUCGGGCCUGGGAUCUCCUCGAUGUAGCUCUCAUGGAAGAUCCGAUUCAUAACAAAAACGUCAUCGACACUUUGGUGAUGAAGCCGGAGUCGAACAAGCAGAUGAUCCGGGCCAUCUGCGAGGUCUUUGGUGGGACCUCUGUGCAUUCGCCGUUUACGGCCGAUUUCAUCAAGGGCAAAGGCGAGGGGCAGAUCAUCCUACUGCACGGGCCUCCAGGGACCGGCAAGACGCUCACAGCAGAAUCCGUGGCGGAAUACACGGCCAGACCAUUGCUGAGCAUCACAGCCGCGGAUCUGGGCCAUGAGCCCGAGAUGCUGGAGCGGAAGCUGCUCAACUUCUUCCGGGAUGGCAAUCGAUGGAACGCAAUCGUCCUCCUCGAUGAGGCCGAUGUGUAUCUAGAGCGACGAUCGCAGUUCGAUCUUCGGCGGAACAGUAUCGUGUCGAUCUUCCUCCGCGUCCUAGACUACUUCCAAGGCAUCCUGUUCCUGACAACCAACCGGGUGGGCCACUUCGACGAAGCGUUCCGGUCGCGCAUCCACGUGCAGAUCGGCUACGAUCCGCUGAACGACGCGGCGCGCGAGCGCAUCUGGGAGAAUCACUUCCGCAAGCUCGAAGACAACGCCAAGAACGGCGGACAGGAGAUCAUCUGCAGCUAUUCGGCGCAGGAGUACAUCCGCGAGUCUCGGCGGCUGCAGGAAUUGCGGUGGAACGGGCGGGAGAUCCGGAACGCUUUCCAAACGGCGGUGGCGCUCGCGUGCUUCGAGGCCAAGCAGCGCAACGAGCCGGUGCCGAAACUGAGCGAUCGCCACCUCGUGCAGGUGGUGACGAUGUCGCGCAACUUCAAGGCGUACAUGCAGGCGACGGAGCGGCAUGAUGAGUCGCAGGUGGCGUUUUUGGAGGGAUCGAGGGAUGACCGACAGACGGCUAGCGGGGAGAUGUCUUAG